CUUAUUAAUACACACGUGCGGGGAGUAGCCAUAGGUUUCUUGAAUCUAGUUACAUUAACAAGAUUAUACGAUCGGUUCGCAAGGUUCCACACUCAUAUAUAAACGGAUUUCGAAGUGUUUAUGUCGGCAGUUGACAGAAGCGUUUAUGUAUAUGACCGAUCAUAAGUCACCACACCCAGUGACCGGAUUGUCGGUUUUAGUAUUUGAUAGUUUUUAGUUCGGAUGGUUGUUCGCGCGUCGUCGCGUCGGAGUGGUGUGCCUCGGUUGAAAGGCCUGCCGAAAGGACAGGGCUCCGCACGCGAGGACGGAUUGCGGCCCUCCGCUCUGAGGAACCAUGGAGUGCUGCAUGUCAGAAGAAGCCAAAGAACAGAAAAGAAUCAAUCAGGAGAUAGAGCGGCAACUCCGAAAGGACAAACGAGAUGCCAGGAGAGAACUCAAACUGCUCUUGCUUGGUACCGGCGAGUCAGGCAAGUCGACAUUCAUCAAGCAGAUGAGAAUCAUUCACGGGUCGGGUUACAGCGACGAUGACAAGCGUGGUUUCAUCAAACUCGUCUAUCAGAACAUCUUCAUGGCGAUGCAGAGUAUGAUACGCGCUAUGGACCUACUAUCAAUACAAUAUGGAAAUCCGUCCAACGUAGAAAAGGCGGAGUUGAUAUCAUCAAUCGACUUUGAGAGUGUGACAACGUUCGAAAGCCCGUAUGUGGAAGCAAUCAAGGCUCUAUGGGCCGACUCCGGCAUACAAGAGUGCUACGAUCGCAGGCGAGAGUACCAACUAACUGACUCUGCUAAAUACUACUUGCAGGAAAUUGACCGCGUCGCGGCACCAAAUUACUUACCAACCGAACAGGACAUACUACGCGUCAGAGUUCCCACAACGGGUAUUAUAGAAUACCCGUUCGAUUUGGAGGAGAUACGAUUUCGUUAUUUAAGUGACUUGGCAAGGAUCGAGAAAGCCGACUAUCUGCCGACCGAGCAGGAUAUUCUGCGAGCUCGACAGCCCACCACCGGAAUACUUGAGUAUCCUUUCGAUCUAGACGGGAUCAUAUUUAGAAUGGUGGACGUCGGGGGCCAAAGAUCCGAGAGAAGGAAGUGGAUCCACUGUUUCGAAAACGUCACAUCCAUCAUAUUCUUAGUAGCUCUUAGUGAAUAUGAUCAAAUUUUAUUCGAAUCAGAAAAUGAGAACCGAAUGGAAGAAUCGAAGGCGUUGUUCAAGACGAUCAUCACGUAUCCGUGGUUCCAGCACUCCUCGGUGAUUCUGUUCCUCAACAAAAAGGAUUUGCUCGAAGAGAAGAUCAUGUAUUCUCAUCUCGUCGACUAUUUUCCAGAAUAUGAUGGUCCGCAACGCGACGCAAACGCGGCGCGCGAGUUCAUACUGCGGAUGUUCGUCGAUCUCAACCCGGAUGCUGAGAAAAUCAUCUACUCACACUUCACCUGUGCGACAGACACUGAAAACAUCCGGUUCGUGUUCGCCGCAGUGAAAGACACAAUCCUACAAUCCAACCUGAAGGAGUACAACCUCGUCUAAGCGUAACCAACAUGGUCCCGACACAAAUCUGUGAUUGUGUAUAACACGUAAUUUAAACAUCAUCACUUCACGACAGAAUGUGUAUGUAAAUUCACGAACUGAGAUCGGAUGGACGAACUUAUUUCACCUUAAAAUGUUUAAUGAGAAAGUAAGGAUAGAUUGUAAGUCAUUUAACCCAAAAACUAGCAUCGAGUGGGGCCGCGAGCCGAACUCCAAACCGACUGUCGACCGGUCACCGGCGUCGACGCACUCGGACGACGGGCGGGUCGCUUCACCAAGCGAUAGGUUUUUUGACGUGUUUUUUUAUGAUGAAGUUAUUCACAAUUUAUGUAUGUGUCUGUAUCGGUGAAUAUUAAAUUGUGCAUUUUUAAAGUUAUGGUGAGACUCGGCCUUACCAUACCGCUUUUAGUCAUUGUUUUAGGAUUUUUGUAAAGUUUGUUGCCAUAAUAUCUUUCUACAUUAGUAUACAUUUUAUUGUGUCCAGACGGAUGGAUUUGAACAAACUAGUCCAAUGAGGUAGGCGCGUGGUCGGGACGGGACGCUUGCGGCCGCCGUGUGUCGCGGAGUAGUCGUGUCGUGUGACGGUGUUACGUACGUACGUAUUUAUUUGAAUGCUGAGUACUGAAUGUGGUGUAACGCAAGCCGGUCUCGUCUCUCCGGACACGUGGCACUCGCGUGUGUGACGUGCAGCGUUAUGUCAUUACCGUUUGUUCUGUUAGCUUGGAAAAAUUAUAACUUUAUUAAUUGUAUUAAAAUGAACAUUUCGUUACUUUUGUACAUUGGAUUUUUGUUACAUGAAUAUAUGUUAUUAUUUAAGCUGUUUAUAUUUAAAUAUGGUGUUUUUCUACACGAAUUGACUUGACGCAAACUGUUUUACUUUAACUGUAGGCUUUGUGUGCGCAGUGGUCUGGUGUAUUUUGUUUCUUCCUAUUGUUAUCCGUGUACGAGUACUCCAUCUGCUAGCCGUAUGUCAAGUAUAGGAAAUUACUAUGUUAGUUGUUUAAGGAAUUUUUGAUGCAUUUGAUAUAAACUUUUUUUACUAGGAACCCGUGAGAAACAAUAAAGCAAAAUGUGAAUUGUAAAAACCGAUACCGAUGUUUUUUGCACGAAUGCUUUUACCUCAUCAAUGUAAUAUAUUGUACAUUUGGGUCUAAAUGUGCUGAGUGAAUUGAGCAGACAGUUCAGUGCCAAGUUUUGCUAUUGGCAUAUCCUACGGCGUAUAAUGUAACGUAAUGCACAAACUAUACAUAUUAUAUUAUUGUUUUCCAUAUUUAAGAAUAUUUUUAUAACGCUAUGCUUAAUUUAGGGUGUUGCUUCGUGUUAUAUUUAGUUUUUUAUUUAUAGUAAGAAACAAAGUUUCUGUUUUGAAGAUAUAUAACUUAUUAACUUAUUUGUUGUUGUGUCUUUAAUUUCUAUCGUACGAUACGAAUUAAGCUUCCUUUUCUAUUUCGUGAACGGCUAAGCAUAAUGAGACCUGACCCUGUCAAUAGCAAAACUCUAUGCUUUAAUUAAGAAACAGCUGUCUGAAAUGCUCAAAAUAAUGUGAAAUUGAAACUUAGCGCACAAUAUUAAAUCUUUCUAUUGAUGUUACCCACUGAAGUGCAAUCUGUGUAUGCCCUGUACACAGGAACUAUACUUGUUUUGUGCAAUUGCACAGCAAUAUUGUGAAUUAAUUUGUGGCCCAACGCGGCGUCGCACCCGCGCCGACCCGCUCCCUCAGUCGACCUCGCAUGCACAUUGCACAUCUCAUUUUAUAUUAUACACUCUUAAAUGUCUGUACAAUAGUUAAAUAAUUAUUUUAUUUACAAAACCCGGCCUUAAAACGAAACUUUUUGGAAUUGAUGCCAAAUGUAUAGUUGCAUGUACAUAAUGUAAGGUUACGAGGGAGUUCGUCGCGUCGGUGCGGGUACGUCCGUCGCGUAUUCGUAUCUUCCUUACGAAUGGACUGAAAUUCGUGUACUGGUGUGGCUCUUACAUGUUUGUUUUUACAGUUGGGCGAUGACUACACAAAAUAUUGCUAAAACUAUAUUAUAGUCUAACGUUGCUUUACCUUUUGCGUGAGAUUGUGAGAAUUUUAGCUUAAGUUCCGACUGAAGAUGGAUGCCUGUAUGAAAUAUUGUAAAUUAUAAUUUCUCAUAAAAUAUAAUUUUUUUCAGCUA